AUGUAUAAAAAAGUCCACGAUAUGGACAAAAAAAAAGGGAAAAAAAAACAGCACAAGGAUGUAGGAAGUUACGACUUGAAGAAAACGGGGAAAUUUUUCAAAUACAAGAAGAACGAUUUAAAGAAAAGGAGCUUCGGCGUCAACAAGAAUUGGACAAAUAAAAUUAACAAUACGUACAGAAGGGAGGAAAAGAAAGGGAGCAGAAAACCAUUUAAUAGUAACAACCAUGGGACAGGAAAUUAUGGCAAUGGAAGGUGGAGUUCCUCCACGCCUCCUAUGAAUAAUAGGAAACCAGUAUGUGAUUUUGAGAACCUGGUUAACGAUGUUGUGGAAAAUAAAAUGACCUUAAAAAAAACUGAUGAUCAUUUUAUUCUCAACUUGAAGAAGAUGUACAGCAUAAACCAUGUGUGGUUUUCCGUAAAAAAAAACCUGGAACAUAUUGUAUUGAAAUAUAUUUUGAAAAAGAAGAAAAAAAAUUUCCAAUACGAUGAUGUAAAUUUCUAUUUGAAGAAGAUGCGAAAGAGGCAGGGAAAAAAGGGGAAGGAGACAGAAAAUGAAAAUGAGGAACAAGUUCUUGUUGAUGAAAACGAUGAGCAGAAGUUGCACCAAACGGCAAGGACACAAAAUAAAUUACUUUUCCUAAACCCGGAGGAUAUAGUUUUCCAUCUUGACGAAGAGGGCAAAGAAAUUUUACUAAACAGCAAAAUUUGGAAAAGUAAAAUAAAGCAGUUAUUAAAAAGGAAAAUAUCCUCAUGUGAGGAAAGGAAAAAUCCUGCUAGUCCUGAGGAGGAUGAUUUUACAGAGAAAUCACAGACAAUCGAUUAUUUAGAUGUGCCAAUUUACUUACGUCGUUUGUAUGAACUUGAAAACGAGUAUAACAACAGGGAUGGCAACAACUACAAUGUUGGCGCGAAUAAUGGCUAUACAGGGGGAAAUGCUAGCCAUAACCACCACCAAGGGAAAAAAAUAAAAUUGAAACUGCUUCUAAAGAGGAAAGUGAACAUGAGCAGCGUGUACAAUUUGCUUUAUGAUAUUGGCCUUAAUUUAAUGUGCGAAUACUACAAGGUUUACGUGGAAAAGUAUUCAGAAGAUGAAGAAAAGAUUCAUUUAGAAAUUAUACAUAACAAGAGCAAUGUCUUCACGGAUCGAAUUAACAACAUGGUUGUGUUAUUUAAGAAAAACCCACUAGUGUACAUCCUUUAUGUAAAAAUUUUGUUAGAUUAUUAUAAAAUGAGGGAAGAUAUAUUCAUAAGGAAAUCCAUUUUGGAGUGCUUAAAACAUGUGUUUAUGUUCGUUUUGCCAAAUGAGAAUUUAGAAACAUUAGAAGGGAAUAACAGAGAAGUUGUGAACUACAUUUUAAAUGUUCUAUUUAAUCGGUUUAACUUUAAAGAUUACAAUUUCUCAUCCUUUUAUUUCUUCCUAAAUGCAUUACUGUACAUAUACGCCCUUGAGAAUUUCACGAAGAAGCUAUUCCUACAGUACAUAUUCAUUUUGAAGAAUUCCAUGUACAGCUCCAUACCGAGUCUCUUCUAUGUGUCAGUAAACAAUUUAAAAGAAUUUUGUUUAAAAAGAAGAGAAAAUAAAUUUGCAAAUCUUAACAUCCUUCUCGAGGGGUACUUAUCUAUUAAUAAGGGAAACCCCCUACUUCUAAAUAUCCUAAAAAAUAUAAUAACCAUGGAAAAUAUGCAACACUAUAUCGUUUUUUACCUGUUCGAACAAGUAUUAUCCAACUUAAGAUUCUGCGUUGAGCAAAUCGUAGAGUCUUUAAAAAAUGGAGACAAGGAAAAUAUUUUAAAUAAAAAGUUGAAGAAGGAAAUUUUGAGCAUGAAAAGAUCAUUAUUCAUUCUGUACAAAAUUAAGAGCCACUCUUUUAAUGACAUCACAGAAAAUAUCAUCUAUUUUGCUACGUACAUUUUUGAGAUGUUUUCGAAGAAUGUUUUCGAACUUUACGAGAAGAGAAAUAUCCUCCUCAAUGAAUGGAGCAUAGAUAAAAUGAGCUACAUUAAAUAUACUUCUGUGGAAGAGGAAAGUUUGGAAAAUGGAAAAGAUCCAAAGGAUGCCUUAAGGUGCGCUGAAGGUCCUAAAUUGGAAGAUAAGCAACCAAUGUAUGAUAUUUGUCAGGUGCCUCCCCCCAAUUUAUCUCAAACGAGCGAAAUCGAAAAGGAUGCAAAGAAUGAAGAAUUCUCCACCAAGGGGGGGGGAGAGUCCAAUUACAGCAAUGGAAGCACAACGAAGCUUGUGGGCGCGCCUAGCAACAGUCAAUCCGUGCGCAGCGAUAAUUCUUCGGCCAUGGGGGCCAGUACUAAAGAGACCAACGUGAUUAGCGGGGAGGAAUUCCGGGAAGGAAGUGAAGAGACCCUUGGAGGGGGUGAAAAGGAUGGAAAUGAGAUGCAGAAGGAAGCGCAAAAUGAUGUCCCCAAUGGUACCCAAAUGGGAGCCGAGUCUGGAUCCGCAAAUAGGAAAUCCAGCGGAAGCAAAAACCCUGACCGUCAUAAAAGAACGACCGACGAAUGCACCUUCCACAAAUACUGUCUGUACGGAUAUCUGAGCAAAACUAUUCUGAAAGUGCUCUCUAGUAUCUUAGUGAACAACAUCUACUUCAUCAUUUACAACAGAUGCAUUUUGUUGAAAAAUCAGAACAACUCCGAACGACGAGGAGCAGGAAAAAUAGAAGAAGGAGGAGGAACGGUCGAGAAGGCACCAGAGGAAAAGUACCUGCACAGCUUAAACAUUUUAUCCUUGUUAAAAAUAAUAAGAAGUGUCAAGUCUUACAAAAUAAAAAUUAAUUUCCUCAUCAUCAUGUUCCUGCUUCUGUACUCAUCCAACCAAAUAGACGAUAAUAUAUAUUGCUAUUUUUACAGUAUUUUAAAAAAUAUAAAUUAUUAUGAAAGUGAUCAUACGUAUAAUUUCUAUGGGCUACUAACAGCACUAAUACUUACAGAUAAAAAUUUAAUCAGAAAUGUUAGCUUUAUAAAACGAAUUUUUCAAUAUAGUAUUCAUGCGAAGGAAUCAUGGACCCAUUUAUUUUCCCUGAUGAUGAUACGUUAUUUAGUUUUAAAGAAAAACAUGCUCAUGAAAUUCUUGUUUAAUGAUGAAAAUAGUUUAUUUGCACAAAAUCUGGAUAAUGUCAAAAAUGCCUUUAUGAUAAAAUUUAAAAAAUAUCACAAAGGGGAAAAAAUUCCAAUCGUCAAUGAUGAGAUGUUUCUUUAUAAUAAGUCCGUAAAUAAUCCUCUAGAUGCCAAUUCUAUACUAACCCAUUUUUAUGAGUUUUACAAUUUUUCCUCCUUGCUCAAUGACAAUUUCAAGAAUGCCCUCUUCGAAUUUAGGAACAUCAGAAUUUUUAAUUAUAAUUUUAUUCAGAUGAAUAAUUUUGGUGCUCACAAAAAUAGCUUCGCCAAUAAUGGAUUCCUGCGUAAUAGACGACCCCUUUUGGGCGAACCUGGAGGACAGAUAAAGGGGCCAAUCGUUAACGGCACUAUGGCGAAUGGCAGUACGGAGAAUGCAGACAAAUUAAACUCGAAUGAGGGCGACUCCUCUGAGAACCUCCCCUCCAACGGGAAAAACACAGAAGAGAAGGCUCCUCUUCAAAACUGCGCAGAUAAAAACGGUAAUCACAACGAUCAUGGUGAUGAUGGUGAUGACGAUAUAGUAUUGAACGUCAGGACCAAUCACCCGUGGAGGAGGAACACACAAAUGAUUGAUUCCACGAAAUGCUUAUCCCCCAGCAUGCCUCCUCCGAUUCCCCCACCACCAAGCACAAACGGAACGACAAUUAACAACAAAAAUGGUAAUUGGUCCCAAUUCAGCGCUAUACCUCCCCCGCCAGAACCACCACCCCCAAGUUCACAUGAUUCGUCUUUUGGCUAUCCAAAUACAUACCGGUAUGAAACGAAGGACGUCAUCAACAUACUAGAUAAAAUAUCACUAGAAUACAAGAGCGCCCAAGAACAAGUAAAUAUGCUCAAUAUUUUUAACAAUUUUAUGCAUGACUGUUGCAUUAACGAGAAAAGAGAAAAUAAUGAGCAGGUUAAAAAGCAGGGAAGGUUUAAAUUAAUAAACAAUCCAUACCAGAAAUAUUUUUACGACAUUCUGAACAUAUAUAAUAACAAUAGUUUUAAAAAAUUUAAGGACAAGUAUGAAAUUAAAACAAAGAAGCGCGCCGACGGUGUAAGUGAUGCUCGCGGAACUUCAGAAGAUGACGAUGAUGCCACGGAAUCAGUUCUGGACGAGGAACAGGAGGAAGACGAAUUCCUGGAUGACUUCAUAAACAAAAAUUUCGACAUAGGCAAAGACCUGGACGAUGAUGUAUUUUCUUCUAUCCAGAGAACACCAAAAAAGAAAAGGAAAAAAAGUGAACAAGCUAAUUCUUCGAAGGAGAAAAAUUCAAAGAAUAUUUCGAAGAAGAAAAACGGGAAACAGGAAGAUGCUCUUACGGAUGAUGUAAUGGAAUUUUCAGAUUUCGCCAAGCUGAAAAGGAAGAAGAAAAAGAGGGACGAAUAA